UGGCGCAGUUUUUAGUUAGGAACGAUAAUCUACGGGAAUACUAAUAGUUACGACAAUAGGUGCGCCGAACACCUAGCAGUAGAUUGUGUGUGUAAGAGUGUAAGCGAAAUAUCGUCAGGGCGAUCUCUUGUUGCUGCCGUCGUGUAAUACGUUCCAGCACGGCCUGUGACUAACUACUUGGUCUUGGGGGUUAACUGUUGGUAUGCUAGGCAAUGGAGGUGAGCCAAGGCAACAUCUGGAAAUAUCCUCAAGUGCGCACAGUGGUGGAAAAAAUCAUCACGAAAGUGGAUGCUAGCAUGCUGAGGCGACGUUGCUCUGGAGCAAGUGUUAUCACCUUAGAAUGCAAGGACACACUGUUUAGCAUGGAAAAGAAUAGAAUAAAGCACAAUGAAUAUCUAUUUUCCGCCUUAGAACAGUCUGGAACGAAGUCAUAUUUCGAGCUACUGAAGAUUUUGAAUACUGGACUUCCAGAUGGACAAGACAGUUUAAGUGAUGAGCUGCGGGCGGCCGGAGCAUCCUUCUUUGAAAGUAUGAAGAAUUCUCAGUCCAAUUCGACUGUACCACAAAACUAUGUGCAAGACACUAGUGGUGGGGAACCUACUUCAAGUAGCCGUUCCAUACAUUCAACAGACAUGUAUCCUGACUCAGGCCUACCUUCAGGCCCACAAGAGGGAAAUACUGGACGGCAAUAUACCAGAGCACCAUCCACACAUCACGAACGCACAACACGGCCACCACUAUCACCAAAACGCAAGUCAGUACCUAAACAACCAACACCAACACCACCAGCACCGAUAUCACAGCCGGCAGCAGAAGGAGAAUCAAGAACUGAUCUAAUCUGGUUGCGUAUUCUGGUGCUCAAUGACAAAUUCUUAAUCAAAAAUAUCCCUUCAAUCGACUCCAUUCUUCAAGAAAUGAGGCGAACAGGCGCCACUCUGCCAAGUUUCCUUGAUUCAACAGUAUAUUCAUCGCUAAGUCCUGAGAUGCAGGUUGAGCUGUUGGUGAAUGAGAUCCUGCACCUAGGUGAACGUGUCUACAUUCAUUUUAUUAGCGCUCUGCAAACAUGCUAUAGAGAUGUAUAUACAUCACUCAACAGCAGAAUAGUGCAUCAAGAGAGGGUCUAUAAGGCAGACUCGCGGCAGCCAAAGGGAUUUACAAGUCGCUUGGGCCGUACAGCUUUCUAUCCGGCUGGGUCCUAUGGCACAGAGUCAACUACCACUGAACUUUAUACCCAGAGUGAAUGUAUUGCACUUGUUCCUGUACAUCCUGGGCCAAUGUUCAUUGGAAACCCUCAGUAUCCAUUGCCAAGACGCCAAUACAGCGACUAUCGUCAUGACCAAGGUGCCGGUUUGGAUGGCUGGCGUGUACAAGAAGAAGAGAGGAAAUUGGAGGAAAAGAGACUUGCUCGGCAAGAUCAGAACACGCGCAGCCAUGCUGCAGGGCGGCUGCAGACACAGCAGUCCAUGCCUGCUAUUCCUGGCGGUCGGUGUGACCAGGAUGACCAUUGUCACGGUGACGUACACACUGCUGCUGAACGUACCUCCGAAAACCGCGAAGUUCCUUCUACCCAGGAACAAAGUGACACAAGCACUCCCAAGUCGAACGAUGCAUUACAAACUUGCGGCCAACCUGAUAACAGGAGUGCUAUUCAUCUGGAUGAAAAAGAUGAUGUUGAUAGCAACGCAGCAGCUGGUGGUAAUUCUCCUCUAGCUAAGAGACACGACCUUUUGGAGCAAGCCGAUGAUAAGAAAACGGACGACAGGGAGCCUGUGGCCUGGAAUCUCGUGCCUAAGGUUACUGAAAAGGUGUCGCCUUCUCAAACGGCCUCAUCUGGUACAGCACCACCAGUUGCAAGCAAGGUAGAUGUCAGCCGCGGGACAGCUAGUGAAGGCACAGAUAUUCCAGAAGCAGGAGAAGAGUCCAAGGGGAUUAUAUUGCUUACCUGUGAUAUGACACAACUCUCUAAAGACCAAAUCUAUCAAUUUCAUUUCCAACUCAACACUUCUGACUUUACGAUGAAUUUCGAGCUGGAUAAUCUUCCCAAAGACGACUUCAUCAUUCGUCCAUUGGACACAUACAUUAGUUUGUUACAGAAAGAAUCUCAUCAGACGGAUGCGCUGGUUCUUACGAGUACUGGCCACGAGGAGGCUGACAAUAUCAGGGCUGCAUUGGUUGAGGCAAUGGUGUCCUCCGAACUGCCAUGCAAUCAACACGUUCGGUUCCUUCGGCUGCCGCAGCAAUGGGACACCAGCUUGCUGGAGGAAGACUCUUCACACUUGGAAACUGUACUGAAGGACAUCAGUGGAACUCUAGUUGUAAACAGUGACUUGCUGAAAAAUAGUGACAUCAACAUUGUACAGCUGAAAGCUGGCCUGCAUUAUUGUGGAUUCACGAUAUCAUACUUUGAGCUGAUAAAGAACACGGUCCCAACUCCAGCUACGAGGAGUGGAAGACGAUGCGGUCUCGGAGCACUGUCCAUAGCACCACUUUACGCCAGGGUUAACCUGCGAAGGGACGAUGCGGACUACACUGCGGUUUCUGACCAGAUGAUGAUUGCCCUGAGGUUUGGAAGCGAUGGCAAAAAGGUGGAUGUACGUGUUAUCCCCAAUGAAGAGUGGCCACAACGUACGACACGUGAUGUUCAGUCUGCUCUUGUAUCUGAAAAUUCCCUGUCAAUUCAAGCGGAAAAUACCGAGAGUACAGCUGGCGGACAGCCGCUUCAAAGCAGUUCAGUGACAUCGUCAUCACCCCAGCAUUGUAACGAGCAGCGCGACACUUCGUAUGGUGGUGCACACUCCACCUCUUCUGGUCUUGUGCAGCCUGUGCAGCCUGUCGCUCAGACUCAAACGCCAACAGAUAAUGACAUGUUCUCGUCAAGAGAAUAUUCUACCAGCCAUGCCAUUGCUGCUGAUGAGGGCAAUGGUCAUCAGAUUCCUGGAAAGGUCUGUCUUGAAUCUCAUCAGUCUCCACCAGCAGGCAUACCCCAGGCAUCUGCUGUGCAGGAUAAUCCACCAACCAAUCCAACCCAAAACAAUGUCACUUGGGAAGUGGUCUCAGAACCACCCACUGAGCAAACGACUGUGCAAGAGGGUCUUCCGCCUCUUGUCUGCAGACGUUCCGAUGCAGUGCCAGGCUCCUCGCGGCCUUUCAAGCGUGACGGUAGUGGUGAGCUUGCACUGGCAUCCAGUCAUGCCAGUAAGGGUGUGCCAUCAGACCAUCAUGACGAUAAGGAUGAGGUGGAUGAAAAGGAGCCUGAAAUCGCAAGCAGUCAGGAGACGGUGUCCGAUACACCUGCUCCUAGUGGUGAGCUUGCACUGGCAUCCAGUCAUGCCAGUAAGGGUGUGCCAUCAGGCCAUCAUGACGAUACGGAUGAGGUGGAUGAAAAGGAGCCUGAAAUCGCAAGCAGUCAGGAGACGGUGUCCGAUACACCUGCUGCAACUCCUCGCAAACGACUGUCUGGCGCAGUCAGUGGCUUCUUGAGUCAAGCAAAACAAACCGUGGCUAACCACCUCCUGUCCAAAAGAGCUCACACUGCAGAAGCGAGCACUGGCAAUGCAAUGGAUGGCUCCAGUGCGGCGGCGACGGAGGGGACUCUAUCCCGCAUUGACAAGCCCUCACAACAACAUGUAGUGUGUGAGGAGUCGAGCGGACCGGCCAGGCCUGUGUCUGCACCACAUGGCAGUGUCUCGAAAUCCUCUGCUCCACCUUCCCACCACGGUUGAAGGAAGUCUGCUGGGCUAGAGUAUGUAUCUCUAUUGUCUGAUGGAUUUCCCGGAGGCUUGGGGAUCUCAGGGGAUCUCAGCCCUAAUGGUGAACGCGAGCAUCUAUUAACCGGUCUAGCAGCAUAUGCAGGAAAUAAUAGUUGCAUUUAUAACUGCUCUUGGACCCAACAAACCCUACCUUGCACUAUUAUGUGCGAACCAGUGAUGACGGCGCUGUAUAUUCUACUCAUAGAUGUAGUAUAACCAAUCAAUUUUCAUACAGAUUACGGCGCUUUGUUCGUUGUUCAAUGAGAUUUUUCUGGCUUGGCUUAAGUAGAUGCACACCAGUAACGUUCAGAAAUUCAUGUUUACAACAGUUACUGUAAACCCUAUAAACCCUAGGGUUUAUCGGGUGUUAGCGGCCGUCGUGAGUUCCCUUCGGGAACGGAUACGAUAAUUUACUUUUUUUUUUUACUUUUUACAGUUACUGUAAUACGCCCUCAGCCGUCUAUGGUCUUCAGUGUGAGCACCCGGAUUGCCAUAUUUAUUGUAUCAGUGUCCUAUUUGUAGAAGGUAGUUGCUCUUAGGGUCGGAGCUCACGCUUCCUGUAAACUGACUGACACCCUGCCUUUCUGUUUUGUCUCGAUGCAAACGGCAUUCAUUUCUUGAGAAUUUUUCAUGUGUCACACAUGACAUGAAUUCCUUUGCUGGUUGUGUUUUUUGAACUUUUUUCUUUGGUAAAGCGGAUGUGUGAACUUUACUUUACUUUAGUUUUACUCUGAAGUGACGAGAUACAAUCACCAAUUUGAGCGCGUUGAUCUUUGAUUUGAACUUUUUUUUAAUGUUUUCUUGGAGUUGAUUGUUCCAACUAGGAACACCCGCUUCUUGCCGAACUUGACACUUGACUGACUCACGACUGCCAUCCGGUCGUUUUCUUGGAUUUGAUCUUUUUUGUUCCACUUUGACAGAUUCAAUGUCAAUCUUUAUUUAUACUUGUAAUAAUGAAAAGACAUAUCAGGGUCCUUUUUUAUUUAAAAAGCUGCACCCUCAUGCUCUGUUAGCGCUCUGUUCUUGUGCCUGCAAGACUGUGCUUUGAGGUGCAUAGCUGUCCAGUGAUGCCACCUACUGGUGUCUCGCUCUCAGCCUGCAUCAUGACACUCCGAAGCUCCCGGCGUCCAACCCAGCUUAGUAUACGACCACCAGCGGGAAACUCGGAAUGCAGUUCUCCAAUGAUCGUAUUUUCAUUGGCCAUCAG